GUCUCACUCGAAGUGCGAAAUCAUCAUCAACUUAAGUCUUUUCACUCUACUUACUACCUCUCCCAUCUCUCACCAUAACUCUCCUCGUUCUCUUCGGUUGCCUAUCAGUCUCGACUAUACAUACAUACACCACAAUGAAGGCCACCAGAAACAUCCUCCUCGCCGGCCUGGCGGCCCAAGCCUCGGCCCUGGUCCAGAUGGAAGUCCGCUACAGCGACAACAUGAUCGACGUGGGCAACCUCGACCUCUUCGCGGCGACGUGGCAGGCCAUCUACGCCGAGUCGGGCAACACGCGCGCCAUCAUGACGGACCGCUCCUUCGGGACGCAGACGAACGAGUGCACGCACGCCGACGACUACGACCCGGACGUGACGGUGCAGGUCAAGAUGAACGGCGCCUGGGGCCGGACGCCGGGCCUCAGCGACAACCAGAUGCGCGACGGCCUGGUGCAGUCGGCGUGGGAGGUCCUCAGCCGGGCGGCGGAGCCGUACGGCUACGAGGUCUUCAACGGCUGCCGCGGCCUCACGUGGAUGGAGAGCGUCGGCUACACGUCGGACGCGGCCUGCGGCCCCAGGAGCGGGCGCAACUGCGAGCACGCGUGCCGCAACGAGAACUCGCCCGGCCUGGCCCAGUGCAUGAACCACACCUGGGGCCACAAGGUCCCCUCGUCGCUGCGCGUGACGGCCUACAUCGACGGCCGCCUCCAGCCGGACGACCUGAUCAUCGAGUUCGCCGCCAGGUCCAACGCCGUCUCCGGAGGCUGCGGGUGGGUCGGGACCAUUGCUGGUGCCCUUGCCGGCUUCAUCCCCGUCGGCGGCGACCUGUUCGCCGCCGGCAUCGACAUUGGCUGCAGCAACUAGAUGUCGUCAAUAGGAAGGAGACAGAAGAAGGGGUUUUUUUUUGGGCCAAGCGAAUAGACGCUUUCGGACAUUCCUGUACGGGUUCGGGUCGUGGUUGUGACUCUGAAUUUCUGAAUUUUUGUAGAUAACUUCUCUGUCUGUUGUUGCUUUGCGC